AUGGCCCAGGAACCUUCCUCCGAGGCGACGCUACCUCCGCUCAAUGACAACGCGUCACCUCAAUGCAAAUCUUGCCAGAUGAUUCUCAACACUGCGGUGGACCGAAUGAAAACAAAAGACAAAUGGUGGACAAACUGCUCGGGCUGUCGCAGCAAACGUACCACAAAGGCCCAUAGCAAGAGAGAGACGGGUCCUCACAAGUCUCCAAGGCCACAGAAAAAGCCACGAGCUUUGACAGCGCGAGAAACAGCUGAAAAUCUUCAGCCUACGCACGACUCUGUAUCAAGUCGACGUAAAGGUAACCCACCAAAGUCAUCGAACGAGCUCAAAGGUUGGCGAGAUAUAGUGAGUCUGACAACGAGUACGCCAGCUAAAGCGACAGAUCUCCGACCAGAGAAACCAACAUCAACUAUUGUGCCAGAGGAAAUAGAUUGUUCUAUUUGUGCAGAACCAAUCAUGGCGAAAGACCUUUCCGCACUUUCAGCAUGCACACAUGCGCCAGAGGUCUGUCACGAGUGCUUCCUGGAAUGGCUCAGGCAGCAAAUGGAAUACAAAUCUUGGGAGCGCCUCGAAUGUCCUGUCGCUGGCUGCAACAACACCGUCACGCAUGAUGAUGUCAAGCGGCUUGCUCCAGAUGAUGUCUUCGCCAGGUUUGAUGAGCUCUCCAUAAGAAACAUUCUCAGCAACGAUCCAGACUUCCGAUACUGCCAGGCCGAAGGAUGCAGCUCCGGCCAAGUUCAUGAUACCGGCACUGAGGGGUACAUAUUCCGUUGCGCUGAAUGCAACCAUCGCAUGUGUACUAUAUGCGAAGUGCCGUUCCACACAGAUGAGACCUGCACCCAGUACAAGGAGCGUCUGGAAACGGAAGUAGCAGAACGCGAGGAGGAGCUGCGAGUGAAGCGAGAGCAUGAAGCAGCAAGCUCCGCCGAGGUGAACAAGAUAUCCAAGGAAUGUCCUGGAUGUGGAGCCAAUAUACAGAAGACAUCGGGCUGCGACCAUAUGACAUGCUAUCGAUCACCGUGUCGCUUUGAGUUCUGCUACAUAUGUUUGGCACCAUACCGAGGCACACAAGGCAUUAGAACGAUCGGCAAUACUGCUCACACACCAGCAUGUAAGUAUCACACCACGAGGCUGGUAGGCUAG